CUAAUCCGCCAUGACCUUCUCUUCCAAGUUUCACAAGUUUCUGCUCUGUGCCCCAGAAAAUCCAGAGAGUCGGUACCCCCGUAGCGACCUCCUUGCCACCCUUUCUAACUUUUACCGUCGAGAGCCAGGGACUUGGUUCCUUCAGAACCCCAGAAACCAUUCUCUGAGCCUGGCGAGAAUAGGCCGCCACAGCCGAGAUUUGUCCUGCAGCGGCGAGUUAAGCCUCCAGCUGAAGUGCGAGCUGCUGUUCGGUGAUGUCCGUGGUCGUACACACUACACCACCUGCAGGCUCGUGGAAUCCACGAGACUCCGCUGCACUGUAGAGCCCAUCAUUCACACAGGCUCUCGUCUAUUUUCGCCAGAUCCUGGCGGUUGAGAUGCAGGCUGCGCUAACGCAGGAACUAUUGCACGCCAAAACGAGGUAAACAUGGAGACAGUUCACCAACUCCAUAGUAUAUGAAUCAGGCACUUCUCUUUUUGGUCUUUGAUCUCACCUCGGUCAUUCCUUCUCGAGCAUUCAGUCUUUACCUUUUUAUAGCUCCUACUGUCAUUCUUUACGCCCAACAUGGGAAAAUUGCACUGGCUCUUCAGCCCGCUGCUAGUCAGCCUCGCUCAGUUAGGCAACUGUCACCUGUACCGAGACUGUCAAUGGCUUUUCGAAUCCAGCCUUUGAGACCGGCGAUUGACCGGCUGGGACGCCCUCAUGGCCAACAAUCAGCCUUCCGACGGGACCGUCGUCGCCCGAGAUGCUACCGAUGGCUCAUACUACUAACCAUCACAGACCUAGAUACUACCCAGAGCUACACCCUAUCCGUUGAUUACCGUAUUGCCUCCCUUACCGGUAGUCCUUCCGUGCAGUCUUAUUGCUACUUGGGCUGGGCCAAGGACGCCUGGUCUGGUUUCCUCAACCGUCAGACCAUCGUGUCUACAGGUGGAGACGCGACCUAG